AUGGCGAAGCUCAAGGCGAUCCAGGAGACGUCUGGAAAUGCCUGGCAUGGUGUUGACUGCAUGCAGACCGGAACGACGGAUAUGUGGGCACAGAGCAUCUACGAGGCGUGCGCCUCUAAGAGCUCUCAGCUGCGCUUGGCCACCCAGGUGGUAAAGAUGAUCUUGAAGAUCGAUGAUGUGCUCACUACAACCGACGCUAUCGAUGACUAG